ACCUAGUUGUUAAAGAGUUAAGACAAACCUGAUAAUGUUAUAACUAAUAUAUAUUAUAGCAAUGUCAGGAAAUUAUUACAUUACCAGGGUCUACAUGGCAGGUGAGCUGUGUAACAGGACGACUCAGCAUUUCUUUGUUUUCUCUGGCGACUUUAAUCAUGUUCUACCUGUUAGUUUGCAUGUAGAGGCUCUGAGUGCCUCAUGCUGAGCUGAACCAAUCAACUCAUCCUCUUCUGUCAAAGAGGAUUACCGCUCCUCCCUCUGCUUAGCUUAGUUACCUCAAAUUAGGAUAAGGGUAAGGAGAGGUCCUGCCUGUGUCAGCGACAGCCGUCUGUCCGUGGAUGCUCACCCUGCUGUAAAUGGAGCCGAGGCUGGAGCUGGAUGUGUUGAUUUACCCAGACGAAGUGAGGCUCGCUUCUCCUGAGGAUCUCAGGGAGUGGGAGCUGGAGACGGCGAGCCAGGUAUCCAUUCCCUGCACAUUGCGACUCUUUGUGGCUCUUUACCCGUACAACCCUGCGGCCAUGUCCCCCAACCACGAGACGGCUGCAGAGGAGCUUCCCUUUGUACCAGGACAGAUAAUCAAGGUGUUUGGAGACAAAGAUUCCGACGGUUUCUAUCAUGGUGAGUCUGGUGGCCUCUCAGGUUAUGUGCCAAGUAACAUGGUCACCGAGAUCCCGGUGGACGACGAGCACAUGAAGCGUCUACUCAUGCAGCAGGGAUUCCUCCCUGUGGACAACACAGGUUUUCCUUUCUCUCCAGAUCCAAGCGACGUGUCCAGCAUCUCUGACGAUGUGGUUGUUCAACGAAUGAUCGCCUUAUUUGAUUAUGAUCCAUGGGAAAGUUCACCCAACGUGGACAGUGACACUGAGCUCGGCUUUCAUUCAGGAGACAUCAUUUAUGUGCUGGGUGACAUGGAUCAAGAUGGAUUUUACUAUGGGGAUGUGCAUGGACGACGAGGUUUGGUUCCUUCAAAUUUCCUGCAGCCACUGCCGUGGGAUUAAAACACAUGGUGCUAUGAAAUGCCAAGUCCCACACACACAGAAAUCAGGUCAUGAUUUUAAAAGAAAUUGCAGAAUUAUCAUUUUGUUUUGUUGUACACAUGUGAACACACGACUACAUUAGUGUCGCUCAGAAUGACGGAAAGUCGAAUUAGUCAACAACAUAUUCUUACAAUCUUUGUAUAAUUCAUAUAUUGCAAUGUUUUUGAGAACAAUUCCUUAAAGUGACGUAAUGACUUUUUCUAUCUAAAGAAAUUUUAUUAUCAAAUCAAAUAAUUAUUGUGAAAAUUCAUUAUAGUAUAGAUUUUGUUUAUUUAUAAUAUUAUUAUAGCUAAAAGUGACCUGAUGUCGAUGGAUAAUCAAAUGUCAGUCAUACAAUACACAUACAGUAGUCAUACAA